AUGACAUUAGAGGAAGUAAGUCAUCACUAACGAGCAUAUGACUAUUUGCUUUUAUAAUUUGUUCUAGAUGUUGCAAAGAUAUUUGGAGAGUAUUAACCUACCAAACAGGAAGGUAGUUAAAUGAAAAGAUAGGAGGGAAAAUUAAAUACCUUACAAUAUGCUGGAAAAUUUGAAUUAGGCAACGUUCCAGAUUAGGAUGGUGAGAAGAGUUAUCUUUCUCCUCUCUUUGAGUAUUUUGUGGUUGAAUAAAAUACUAGUAAUCAAUCCAAUUUUCUCAUAAAGCUAGGGAAACUAAUACUUUCAAUAGCUGUUAGAAUUUCCCUCAUCAGCAAACCAGAUCCUGCUCAGAUCGCUAAUAACGAAUCAGAAAUAAUUUUAACAAUCAAAUUAAAAAUCUUGUUUGAUUAAAUGAAUGCAAUAGGCGAGUAAUCAUUAUUACAUCAUGUUGAUUUCCUAUUAAACAAUGAGAUAUUUUUAUAUAGAGAAUUUUUUAAUCAUAUUCUCACAGCUAAGAUUGUAUAAGCAGCUUAGUUUCCUUUAACUCCUUCCCCAUGA